CGACAGUCAGCACUGAGUUAGUGUCUGUUCGGUGAAUUAUAGUGCGCUUUACUUUGUCGUCGUUUCGUAACAACUAAUAGCUACAAAGCGAUCGAUCUAUUUUGCUGGAUUGCAGUACAAUCACGAUCAUCACUGGCUUGUGGUAAAGAAAAGUGCGAUAAAAAAAAUAAAUACCCAUAACUGUUUGCCUGCGCGCAUUAACAAGUUAAUAUAACAAAAAAAGUCUUUGCUCUACUUAGUGCGUUUUCAGUUUUUUCAUAUUUUUUCUGACCGUUCAAAAGUCGACAUGUCGAGUAACGAGGAAAAAGCCAUGGCCCUGUUAACCGAAGCGGAUAAGAAACUCAACUCGUCAAAAGGAUUGUUUUCUUCAUUAUUCGGGAAUGUUUCUAAGGUAGAAGAUGCAAUUGAUUGCUAUCAACGUGCUGCAAAUUUAUUUAAGAUGGCGAAAAAAUGGUCACAAGCUGGUAGAGCAUUUAUUUUGGCAGCCGAUCUCAACUCUAAAUCAGGCCGUAAACAUGAUGCUGCUACAAAUUAUGUAGACGCAGCAAACUGCUUUAAGAAAACUGAUCCGAAUGAAGCUGCAAUGUGUCUGGAAAAAGCUAUCGACAUCUAUACAGAUAUGGGUCGUUUUACAAUGGCUGCAAAACAACAUCAAAAUAUAGCGGAAAUGUAUGAGACUGAAGCUGUUGAUCUAGAACGUGCUAUAACCAACUAUGAAAAGGCCUCAGAUUAUUUUAUGGCUGAAGAAAGCAAGAGUUCAGCUAACAAAUGCAAACUCAAGGUGGCACAGUAUGCUGCACAACUGGAAGAUUAUGACCGAGCCAUUCAGAUAUAUGAAGAGGUUGCUGGGACAUCAUUGGACAGUUCUUUGUUGAAGUACAGCGCAAAAGAAUAUUACUUCCGAGCAGCUUUAUGUCAUUUGUGUGUUGAUGUUCUUAAUGCUCAACUGGCCAUGAAUCAGUACACUGAACGAUACCCGGCAUUCCAAGAUAGUAGAGAAUACAAAUUACUACAGGUGUUGUUAAACCACAUUCAAGAGCAAAAUGCUGAUGGUUUUACUGAAGCUGUUAAAGAUUACGAUUCCAUAUCACGGUUGGACCAAUGGUAUACAACAAUACUAUUGCGCAUUAAGAAACUGGUAAAUGAUACUCCAGAUUUGCGUUAACUUUGUUUAUGAAUAAGUACAUAUUUUUAAAUUCCUUAAUUUAUAAAUUUACUCUCAUAGAAAGCAACCAAAAAAAAAGUGUACGGUAUUUGUGUAUGUUUUUAUUCCUUGCACAUACUAAAAGUCAGGAAAUGAAACUUAUAUAAUAUAAUGUAAUAUUUUUUUUUGCACUGCAUGUUUACAACUUUGCGGUUUUGUUUAAAUGGUAUUCAACUAUUUAAUUAUUGAAAAUCAUUUAAAAAAGACCUAGAUUUGACAGAUAACAUUUUUUUUGGUGUUAACAGAUUUGUUAUAAAAUGUCCUAACCUAGUAUUUUAUAAUAUUUAAAAAAUUAGCCUACAUUCCUUUCUGUAUGUUAAAUGUCGAUUUGCAAUGUCGCUUGUUAUUCUAUUUGGUGCAGCUACCUAUCAUGUUUGACUAAAAGCACUUGUGUUUGUUUACUGAACGAUUUGCAAAAAUGUUUUCAAAAAGAAAAGAAAAAAUUAGCUUAAUGAAAUUGAUUAUCCUAAUUAUUAUAUUUUUUUUUUACCAAUCAUAUCGUAUUUACAUCGAGUAUGGAUAAAAUAUACAUUAUACGUGUAUUAAAAAUCGAACAGCAAAAAAAUAUAUUAAUAAUACAAUUAAUGUAAUAUAGAAUGUCUAGAUGAGCUACGUUGUAUAGAAAAAAUCGUAGGCUUAUUAUGUGUUGCCGUAGACAAGUAUAAUACACUUAUAUGACUAAUUUCAUCGUAUAUUAUAUUAUAUUCAUAUUAUUAACCAAUAUUGUUAAUGUUUAUUAUUAUUAAUUUUUUUUUAAUUGUAAAUAGAAUAUUGUUACAAAUUUUUUUUUAUCUAAAAUUUACCUUGAAAUUUGUUUUAUGACUAUUAUAUGACUGUUUCAACUUUAUUAGUUAUCUAUUAAUGGUGUUGAUUAUGUUGUUUAAAUUUAUAAAGAUAUUAUUAUUACUAUUAUUGAAUUGUGUACAUAUAUGUUUUUUUAAGUUUAGCAUCAUAGAAUUUGGAACCGAAAAUAGAUAUUUCAAAAAAUAUUAUGAUAAUGCACU